UUCAUCACAUUACAUGCAUGAUGGCAUCCCACACUACCCUUGAAAACAAAUUAAUAGAAUUUGUGGAGCUUGUAGAAGCAAAGCAAACCUACCAAAACUCACGCCCCAAGAUCCAAAAGGUUCCGGAGCAUCUCCGAAAUAGAAAACAAUUUGAGAAGCAUUACUCACCCAAGUUUGUGCCAAUAGGUCCCAUCCAUAACGACAAUCCAAAUCUCAAGUUAGGAGAGAACUAUAAGCUUACCUGGGCAGCAAAAUACAUCCAAAACACCCAACAAAAUCCACAACUUCUACACAAAAAGAUUGCCGAAAAAAUUGAUGAACUCAAGGGUCUUUAUGCCGACGAUGUUUUAGCCGAUACCAGAGAGUCUCUAAAAGGCUUCGAUUGCCUCGAUGAAAAGAUGUCAUGGAUGUUGUUCGUGGAUGGAUGUUUUUUGCUGUUCAUUUUGAUGUAUGUGGGUGAUCAAAUUGAUCGAUCAAAACAUCCGGAUAUUAAGUAUGAUCAACUUGUUCUUGUGAUAAAGGAUGUGCUUUUGUUGGAGAAUCAACUUCCUUAUCUAUUACUGAAGCUGUUGUGGAAAAAUGACAACGAAUAUGAAUUGAUAGGUACUAUGAAGAAUUUUUUCAAAUAUCCAGUUAAGAGGACCUGGAGGAGGCCAGAGAAUUUACCGAAUGAGCCGGUAACACCAACUCAUCUUCUUGAUCUUCAGCGUGAAAUCCUUCUCACUAAAUCUAAUCCCAAGGUUGAAGGAAACAAUGAAGAAUAUAAGAUAGAUAUUAGUUGGAAAUGUUCGGAAGAAAAAAGCAAGGUGAUGACAUACAGGAACAUACAAAGUCUAAGUACAGUAGGAAUAAUUGCUAAAUCAAGCGGGACACGAAGGCUAAAAGACGUAGAUUUCUCGAAGCAAGGGCUAUGGGCUUGGAAACUGAUUCUUCCUGAGAUUGUUGUGGACGACACCACAGCUGCUUCUUUACUAAACCUGGCAGCGUAUGAGAUGUGUUCAGAUUUUGAGAAUGACUACGGAAUAUGUUCAUUCGUUGUUUUCAUGCACUCGCUCAUUGACUAUCCUGAAGAUGUCAUGAUAUUGGGAUCAAAAGGUAUUUUGGUGAAUUUACUUGGGAGUAAUGAGAAAGUUGUGGAUCUUUUCAACACCAUAAGUACUGACUUGGUAUUUAACCCAGAAACAUAUUAUGAAGUUAAAGCCAAAAUACACGAGUGUUAUAAUGUAUAUCGUAUUUGGAUGACGUUGCUACAUAACACUCUUUUCAAUGGCGAUCCUUGGAGUAUCAUUACGCUUAUCAUUACGAUGUAUGCACUUAUUUUCACUGUCAUUCAAACAUGGUUUACCAUGUAUCCGCGGCAUUAAAUAUUAGAAUAUAUGGGGUAAAACUCAUGGGCCUAUUCUGUGUAUGAAUGUAUUGGGCUCAUUAAUGAUAUAAGGCCCAUCCUAGAUUUACUAAAGUUCACCUCUGCUUUUGCUAUUUGUAAGCACGUGAACAUAGGUAUAUAGGAUAAGACUCUAACUGUAUGGUUGUAACUGAAUAUACUGAUUCUGUAACUGAACUAUUUGAAGAUCAUCAUCUUCAUCAAGAAAGUGA